GAUCACAUAUCUAAAAAUCAUACUUGCGGAAUAUGCUGGUAUCAAUUUGUUGAAAAUAAAUUAGUAUUUGAAUUGAGUUGCAAACAUGCGUUUCAUUUCAGUUGCCUGAAAAAAUGGAUGAGGAAGAAGACCCACUGUCCGCACUACGAAAAGCCUGUUGUC